ACGUCCAAACAUUUCCCUGUAAUUUUAGCAACACCUGGCAGAAAGUCAGUACUGGACUUCAAUUCAUGCGUAUUUAAGAACAGCAACAGUUGCAGGGAUGGAGCCAAACAAGCCUAGGGUCCCAGGCAUCACUGGUGGGGCCCGAAUGCCUUGGGUGCAGCAGAAUGUGCAGGGGCGUGGACUUCCGUCAAAUGAGGCAGCAAUAGGACGAGCAAGAGGCCUGCUGUUUGCAGCUAAUGAGUCAGCUGGCUUAGGACGAGCAAGGGGUUUCACCAGCACUGGUGAUACACCGCUUAUGCAAUAUGGGAGGGGAGUGCCCUUCCCAGAAAGCAAGCCCCACAUUGGCUAUUCAAAGGGGAUAACCAUGCCGACACCUGGAUAUGGUACACUUGGACGUGCUCGAGGUCUACUUUUCUCGACAGCGGAGCCAACAGUAGGGAUGGCAAGAGAGGCUCCCUGUGGGUUGGAGCCUCACCUUGGGAAAUCACUCCUAGAUCAGCUUGCCAAGGAAAACUUUCCAGAGGGGGUGCCAAGUCUGCAAAAAGAGGAAGAAUUAACCAAGCAGAUGCACAUGCCCACUCAAGGCCAGGGUUCCUCUCUGGUGUCCAUGUUCAGAGGCAUGGGGAUUGAGCCAUCAAAAAGCUCCUGGGGCAGGGGCGCUUUGACUUUAGGAAGGGCUGCAGUUGGAGAUUUUGAUGCAGAGCGCCAACCACAGACACUGAUCCAAGGGGGAGAUGGAUUAUCUGCGGACAUGAUGGGCCAAGGCAGCAGCUUCCUUGGUCGAGGUGCGCCACUUCAGAUAGUGGGAAUGGGACGAGCAUUGAUGCCCUCCUUGGGCACUGGGAGAGGGCCCAUUGUUUCCCCUGUUCUACCCCCAGGCCCUAUACAUUCCCAAUCUGUCUCCAUCUCUGCCCCUCUUCUACCUUCUUCACCCAGAGAAGCCCACAUUCCUUUAGGAAGCUCUCCAACCAAAAGUGAACUUAAGAUGGAGACCACCUGUGAGCCAUUGAAAAAGAUUGGUACCAAAGGAACACCAUUGCCUAUUGGCUCCAACCACAUCACGAUUCGCUGCAGGAAUGAGGCAGUCUAUCAGUACCAUGUCACAUUCAUUCCCAACGUGGAGUCGAUGAGUAUGCGAUUUGGCAUGAUGAAAGACCAUCGCCCGACCACUGGGGAGGUUGUUGCAUUUGACGGUUCGAUUCUCUACCUCCCUGUGAAGAUGGAAGAGGUAAUUCAUCUGAAGAGUGUGAGACGAACAGACAACCAAGAAGUUGAUAUCAUGAUCAAGAUGACUAAGAUCCUGCCACCUAGCUCUGAUUUAUGCAUCCCCUUCUACAACGUGGUGCUAAGGAGGGUAAUGAGGAUCCUGGGACUUAAGCUUGUGGGACGGAAUCAUUACGAUCCAAAAAGUGCAGUCAUACUUGGGAAACAUCGGCUGCAGGUGUGGCCAGGAUACUCCACAUGCAUAAAGCACACUGAUGGAGGCCUGUACCUCCAGGUGGAUGUGUCUCACAAAGUGCUUAGAAAUGACUCAGUCCUUGACUGCAUGAAUGUGAUCUACCAGCAAAGCAGAGAGAGCUUCCAGGAUGAGUGCACCAAAGAACUGAUCGGCAGCAUUGUCAUCACCCGCUAUAACAACCGGACAUACCGCAUUGACGACAUUGAGUGGGGCAAGUCUCCCAAAGACACCUUUACUAUGGCCGACGGCUCUACAACAACUUUUGUCGAGUACUACAGCAAGAACUACGGCAUCACUAUAAAAGAGAUGGACCAACCCAUGCUUAUCCAUCGACCCAAAGAGAGGUCCAGGCCAGGAGGAAAGCAAGUCAUAACUGGUGAGAUCCUGCUUCUGCCUGAGCUUUCCUUCAUGACUGGAAUCCCUGACAAAAUGAGAAAGGACUUCCGCGCCAUGAAGGACCUAACAAUGCACAUCAAUGUGAGUGGUGAGCAACACACCCACUCCUUAAAGCAGCUCCUGAAGAACAUCAACACCAACCCAGAAGCCCAAAUGGAACUGGCACGAUGGGGGCUUGAGAUCAGCCAAGACAUCCUGGUGACUACAGGAAGAAUUCUGCCCCUGGAGACCAUUUGUCUGCAGUCAGCAUCCUUCGUAACAGGAGCUGAUCUCAGCUGGUCCAGGGAAGUUGUCAGGGAUGCUUCCAUCAGCAGUAUACCUAUGAAUUGCUGGGCAAUCUUCUACCCACGGCGUUGUGCUGAGCAGGCUGAGGACCUAGUGUCCUGUUUUGGGCAGGUGGCGGGACCUAUGGGCCUAAGGCUGGACCGACCAAUCCGCGUUGAACUGAAGGACGAUCGCACAGAGACCUACAUAAAGAGCAUCCACUCUCAGCUCACCAGUGAGCCAAACGUCCAGUUAGUAGUUUGCAUCAUGACGGGAAACAGAGAUGACCUAUACAGUGCCAUCAAGAAGCUGUGUUGUGUCCAGAGCCCUGUGCCCUCUCAGGCCAUUAAUGUCCGGACGAUUUCCCAACCCCAAAAGCUGAGGAGCAUUGCUCAGAAAAUCCUGCUGCAGAUGAACUGCAAACUAGGGGGAGAGCUGUGGACUGUAAACAUCCCCUUGAAACAUCUGAUGGUAAUUGGAGUGGACGUCCAUCACGACACAAGCAAGAAGAACAGAUCCGUCAUGGGAUUUGUCGCCAGCCUGAACAGCCUGCUUACCAGGUGGUAUUCCCGAGUGACCUUCCAGAUGCCCAACGAGGAAAUCAUCAACGGGUUAAGGGUAUGCCUGGUGGCUGCACUGCAGAAAUAUUACGAGGUGAACCACAACUUCCCAGAAAAGAUAGUGGUGUACCGGGAUGGGGUUUCUGAAGGCCAGCUGAAGACAGUUGAGCUUUAUGAGGUCCCUCAGUUGCUCAAGUGCUUUGAGACAUUUCCUCGCUGUGAACCCAAACUGGUCUUUAUUGUGGUGCAGAAACACAUCAGCACAACUCUGUACUCGUGUUCCGGAGCGCGAUUUGGAACCCCUCCACCUGGGACUGUUCUGGACCACACUGUCACUAACAGGGACUGGAUUGACUUCUACCUGAUGGCACAUCACAUUCGACAGGGCUGUGGCUUGCCCACACACUACAUCUCAGUCUACAACACAGCAAACCUCUCCCCAGACCACUUGCAAAGGCUUACCUUCAAAAUGUGCCACAUGUACUGGAAUUGGCCCGGAACUAUCAGAGUGCCAGCACCGUGCAAGUAUGCCCACAAACUGGCCUUCCUGUCAGGCCAGUACCUCCACUCAGAGCCAUCCAUCCAGCUUGCAGACAAGCUCUACUUCCUCUGAUGUGUACUUCUGUAGCCUCAGCUCCCCCCCGCCAGAAGACAAACACGAUAAAUGAUGAGAAAAAAGGGUGACUUUCUGUUAUGUUGGAUUACUUUGUUGGACAAAGAUUUGUUCAUUAUUGGAGUGUUUUAUAAAUGCCACUGUGACCCCUACAGUACCCAUAAGAGUUAAGAAGACAUCAGCGGCUUCCAAUUCUAUUUGUGUUGAUUGUUUUGUUACUCAAGAUAUUGCUGUUGCAAAUAAAACUGGUUUUGGCG